GCUGUGGAGGACACGGAGCAUGGGACACCUUCGUGGGUUCUUUCUGCUGGUGUUGGCGCUGACCUGGCGUCAUAUUUUAGGGGCCCCAGGUCGUUCGCCGCCCGCCUGUAAGGAGCAUGUGCAGUUCAGGUGCGGCGAUGGGUCGUGCAUCCCGAGGCUGAAAGUGUGUGACGGACAGACGCAGUGUAAGGACGGAUCGGAUGAACGCCACUGCGGCGACCUACGGUGUCAGAAAGAUGAGUUUUCUUGUCACGGCAGACGAUGCAUCCCUCUGCCAUUCCUCUGUAACGGCGCGGACGACUGCGGCAAUGGCAGCGAUGAGGUUUUAUGUCGGAACUGCAGCGCCGGCUUCUUCUCCUGCGGUCCGUCCGACUCCUGUCUGCACGGACAGAAGCUGUGCGACGGACGGACGGACUGUAAAGAUGGGCGGGACGAGUCGAAGGCGACGUGCGGUUUGCUUCGACCUCGUCUGCAAACCGCACCGAGAUGCACGGCGUCAGAGUUCGAGUGCAGCGACGGUCAGUGCAUCCCUCAGAGCUGGAGGUGUGACCAUUCAGCCGACUGCAGCGACAGCGGCGACGAGGACGACUGUGCUCAGAACGAGUGUCUGGUCAAUAACGGCGGCUGCUCUCACCGGUGUUUGGACCAGCCGUUGGGUUUCAUCUGCUUAUGCCCCGACAACAUGAAGCUGAUCGGAGACAACCAGUGUGAAGAGAUCGACGCGUGUCUGGAGGCUGACGUGUGCGAUCAGACGUGCGUUCACAGUAACGGCAGCUUCAUGUGCGUCUGCGACCAGGCCUAUCAGAUGAACUCUGUGACCGGACAGUGCACCGCCAAAGGUGAUGUGGCCCGGCUCGUUUUCUCUGAUUCUAAAGCAAUACGAUCACUAACCGUCACCGGCACAGAGUACCGGACCCUGAACCCACAUCUACCUGGACCAGGUCACGUGGCAGCUUUUGCCUCCAGUGGAGAACUGUACUGGGCCCAGAACAGACACAAGGCCAUCUACAGGACCUCUCUGGAUGAGAAGCUCCAGGAUGCGGUGCUGGUUCUGAAAACCCGCGGCUCGGUUUCGGGUCUGGCCGUGGACUGGAUCCACCGCCUCCUGUACUGGACCGGUCCGGAAGGCGGCGCCGUGGAGGUGGGCGCGCUGGACGGCUCGGCUCAGCGCGUCCUGGUGGAGGGGUUGGACCGACCGUCGGCGGUGGCUGUGGAUCCUCUUCAGGGGAUGCUUUUCUGGGCUGAAUGUGGCGUCUCUCCGCGGAUCGAGCGGUCCGGUUUGGACGGCCAGGACCGGAGGACCCUGGUCAAAUCUGCCAUCCGUAAACCAGUCGCCCUGUCCUUGGACGUGCCUCGUCAGCUGCUCUACUGGGUCGACCAGGACCUGAGGCGGAUCUCCAGAGUGGACCUGGAGGGUCGUCACCGUAAAGCAGUGGUCGAGUCUAAUGGGUAUCUGGACCGGCCUUUUGGACUGGCCGUGUUUGAGGGGUUUGUUUACUGGACUGAAGAAGUUACACAAACCGUCUGCAGAGCAAACAAACACAACGGCGCUCAGUUCACGGUUCUGCUGAAGAACGUCAGCUCUCCGGGCGACGCCGUCAUCGUUCAGACCGCACUUCAACCACACGGUCAGUCCACCUGCGGCCACAUGAAUCGUGUGUGUCACCACGAGUGUGUCGUCGACCUGACGUCCCAGACGGUGAAUUUCAGCUGCGUUCAUCCAGACCGGACAGAGGAAACCCCCGCUGUUUCUCGAAAGCUUCCUGCGUCGUCUUUAUCUGAUCCUGCGUUUGCUGGAAUCCUCGCUCUCAUCAUGUUCCUCAGUGGGCUUCUGGUGGGCGUGGCUCUGUGGUGGUGGAGAGAGGAGUUCAGACCCUCCAGGACCCUCAUGGUGCAGAGUUUGUCCCUUAAAGAGUCCCGGGACCUGCUGAUCCAGGACCAGCCCACGUGUCCUGCCAAGGAAACGCUGCUUAAGCUGGACUUGGACGGCGAAUGAAGGCGUGGCUUAGAUGGUCAGCUGACCGGGCCUCACCUGCCUCCAUCCAGACUCUGACCAUCGGACCGACAGCUGGAUACGAGCCAAGCGCAAACCCAGGCCCCGCCCCAUCCGGCGCCCUCCCAGAGUCCUAAACCCUGGAAAACCACCUUCAUGAUGAUUCCACCCCUUAGCUGAAUAGAACUAACAGAUCCUGGAUCCUGGUCUUUCGUGAUAGCGUCCCCUGGAGGUACAACGGGAACAAGUGUGUGUGUGUGUGUAUAUGAGACGCUGGUUAUUGAUGAUGUGAAUCUUGUUUGGACUUGGUUAAGUUCAGCCUUUUUCUGUAAUUUUUGCGAGUAGACAUAUUCUGUCGGUUGUAAAUCUGUUCAUGUGCUGAAACUUCUGAGGCUUGUGGUUGAAAUUUAUUUUAAUGGAGGGUUUUUGUUUUUUUUUUGUUUUCCUGUACGUGCACCUGGAAUUAAACUUUACUACUGUUGAAGAAUCAAAUAGAAUACUGUCUUUGUC